CACACAGACAAAACCAUAAAGAGUACAUUAGCAACCUGAAGAGGGCGCGGUUGUAGUAUAACGUAAAGGACAAACGCGGCAAACAAACAGAAGCAAAUCGGAAACCGAUUUGUUUCCGCAAAUCGGUUGUUUUGAACAAUUCGUUUAAAAGAACUGGUUCAACAAUUAUCUCGAAUCCUUCAGACCGAUUCUACAAACCGACUCAACUGAUUCACUGAAAAGACUCGACCUAAAAAAAACGUUUUGAUCGCUUCUGCUUUUAGACUUGGCAACCAGGCGAGGCCAUGUAAGGACUAUCAUAAAGGACAAUGAAUGUGUUGAUGCAGGUGGGCGGGGUUUCGAGGCUCACUCUGGUCACAUGACUGUCAUGUGACGUCAAGACUUCCUGGCGGCAGUUUCAGACGGGGUUGAAGUCGCGCUGCUCGGAAUCGUGCAAUAAAAAAAGGGAAUAUUAGUAAACAAAAGCCGCAACAGAAAGAACAAGAAGCGACGGGCCCACCGGUACAACCUGCACAGGGGCCCCGCAAACCCCAGCUAUGGCCCUGCUGAAAAUAAUGCUCUAUGAACCAUUUAUGUUAAAUAUGGUCCGAAAAUCUACUGAGAGAUAUACAAUGAUGAGUCUCAGUCAUCAUGAUGAACCCUCUUCAGAUGUUGAUCCAGUUGAAAUGAACAACAGUCUGCAUGAUACAACAUCAGCUUCUGAUGGGGUGACACCCACACGUUUAUUAAAAAUGAAAGAAAUAAUGGAAAAUCAGUGCUUUGAAAUGAAUGUUAAAGUCAGCAUUGGAAAACAUAAAGAGUCAUGUGAAGCUGAUGCAGACCUGUCCAAGUAUGAAAGUGAAAUAGAGCAGGCAAGACUCUCAUAUUUCAACAAAACACUGGUAUUGAACAGAAUGCAGAUUUGGAAUGCCAUCAUUGAAAAGAUGAUUCAGAAUGAUGCAGAUGCUGAGGCAUUAAAAGAACUGACCAAUCAGAACACUGAGCUAUGUGAAAAGACCUUGAAAGUUUUAAAGGAAACACGAGAGCUUCAGGACCAGAUCACAGAUGUCCAAACGGAAAGACUUGACCUAAAAGGACAAAUUAAGAAGAAAAUGCAGGAGAUAAAUGAGUUGAAACAGGUGAAGGAAAACCAAGGAGAAGUUCAACAGAGAGCCAAGGAAAGAGCUGAAGCGGUCCUACAGAAAUACCAGAAGGUCACCACCAUUUUACAAAAUGUGCUGCGGGUAUGUAGCUUCUCAAUGCUUGCUUGUGUACUUAUCAUUCUAAUUCAAUCUAUCUUGCUGUUUAUUUUUUUUUGGAAACACUGCAUUUUGAACUGCUGUCAUAAAAAUCUUACUUUCAGGGAAUCAUACUGGCCAGUAAAGUCAACUGGAGGGAUGAUCCUAAAUUAAGGGACAUUGCAAUGGGACUAGAGAACAUUCCCAACUAAAGACCUGUAUGAACAUAGUUCUCCAAUGUAUGUAAUUUACCUGUAAAUGUGCUCACUGUUACCAUGUUCAGAGUAAUGCAUAUUUAAGCUUUUUAUAACGGCUCAGUUGAGAAUGUUUUAAAAGCACUCUGAAUAUAAGAUAAAUGAUAUUAGAUUAAAUAAAUUGCGUUUACCAAUGAAUUUACUUUUUAAAAUAAAAAAAUUCUGACUGAUCCUUCAAUAAAGGUUGAUAUACAACCACAUUCACCACCAGCUGUACUUCUGUAAUGCCAUGCACUUAGGUGAAACAGGAUAUUCAACAAGUAAAAA